UUAUUGCAUAUUCCAGGAGCAAGUCUUGCAAUUGAUCUAAACAUUCAUAGUGUGUUUAGUGGCCAAGAUUCUCUCUAACUACUAAACAAAUAUCAAUUAAAUGAAGUGCAUGAACUUAGAUUUUAGUCUGAAUGGCGAAAAACUUUAUUCAAAUUGCUAUCUAUUUCCCCAUGAUUGCUGUGAGCAUGAAAUGUAUAAUUAGUAUCCCACUAAAUUGGCCUCAUCUAAACAAAACUUGAGAUGACAAGAUGGAAUCAAGAAAAAAUGUUAUUCAGAUUUUAAAUGGUGCUGCUAUCAUCAACAAUAAGUUUCAGUCCAUAAAGUUUCAAAGAAAUUCAUCAAGAAUAAGUUCAUUGGUGCAAUUGCGGGGCAGAAGUCAGCAUUUGUGUGUGCUUGAUGACGCAGGGGAGCACUUGGCCCUCUUAGAGUAUCAGGAUGAGCAAGCCAACACACAAGUGUUGCAGGAGCUUGUCAAUAUUCCUGAUAAACUGCAUCAAACUCCCAUACAUCAAGGUACUUCUCAGGGUCAUCAUCAUCCCUGCAAAAAGAAGAAAGUAAACACCGGCAUAUUCACUGUCAAUUUAGACAGUGGAAGAUGCAGCAAUUUGGGCCUCCUGCAAGGUCGGUGCAAUGCAGCUCACUUCUGCCCCAGCGCUCCACUUUUGGCUGUACUGCAGCCUCCAUACCGCAUCCACGUGUUCCACACAGAACUUGGAACUUGCUGUGAGGUCAUUGAGUUCAGCAACAUAUUGCAUGGGCUGGUAGGAAUGCAGUGGCUGCCGAGCUCCCCAGAUCGUCCUGUGUCAUGCGAAGGCAGCGAUGCAGUGUCCGCUUCACGUGGUGACGUAAAGAAGGCCAGUCUCUCGCCUGUUCUUGGCUUCACUGAAAACGAGAUCGUCGUGUUCCAGUCUGCCGCCCCCUCCCAGCGCCUCGUGGUGGACCAUCUUGCAUGGGCUGUGCCGGCGAGCGACUGUGUGGUCGUGGUGCUCAUGGACGCUGGCGUGCAGUUCUGGAGUCUGGCAGCUGGUGGUAGCCAAUCAAGUGCUAGAGGAGGUGCUGCUGCUGCUAGUAGGUUGGCUUCAACUACUGGUAGUGCUGCCGCUACCACUGCUGGUAGUGCUGCUGCUGGUUCUUCCACAUCGCCGCAAGCUCUGUCGGCGGUAAUCCCUCCACCAACAGGAGCGGCCUCAUUUUUACCUGUCGUCGGCGUCACUCUUAUGCCGUGCGGGAGGGUGGUGGUGGUGGCCCUCCGCCACAUGCGUGUGGUGGUGUGCAGCUUAGCGCACGCCUCGUCCAGUGUGGUGGCGCUGGAGGCUCCUCGUGACGCUCCUGACGUCAGCGGUGCUGCCGUGUGUGCCGUGACCGCCGUCGGGGUGCGGCAUGAGACAUGCAGCGAGUUGCUGCUGGUGCUGGACACGGCUGGCCGGGUGCUGGUCUACGACGCGCAGUCCUGGACCUGCAUUAAAACUCUACGGUCGCCCUCACUUAGGAUAGAAAGCUUCAGCACAAGCAAGAACGGUGAACUGCUCAGCCUAUCUUACAACAACCACACGACAAAGCUCUACCGCAUCUGCAACCUCCUCCAGAAGCUUCCAUUGAAGUCUGCGGAUAUCCGCAGUGGCGAGGCUGCAAGAGUGUGUGCGGUUCACUUUGAUGAAGACUCCAAAGUUGUGACUGCAUCUCGCCCUCCUGAUCCACAUCGCAGGAAAAGUUGUCUUAAAAAAAUUGAGCGUGCCACAUCGCACCCUGCCUGGCGACGAAUGCUGGCGGAGUUUGGUAGCUUCCCGCACGAGGAGCGCGCUGCCAUCUGGUGCGGACUGCUGGCCCUGCCGCGCUGCUCCGCCAUCCACACCAACCUUUGUGGCAAAGCCAUGCAUCCUCAAGUGCCCGAGUAUGAGGCCAUGGCCGACAAGCGUCUCAGAGACUCCUUCAGAAGAAGUUUGUCGUGCCUGUACUACUGGGCGCCGCAGCUCGUCUCUUACUCUUGGGUGCCAAGCUUCGUGUUCCCCUUCGUCAAGAGCCUCCAGCACGCCCCUCUCAUCUGCUUCGAGCUUUGCGUUGCCCUCAUCAUGUCGUGGUGCCGGCUGUGGUUCUCGCCAGCACCUGACAAGGUCGCGUGUGUCGCCCUCAACGUCGUCGAGGCGCUCGUCUGCAACGCGUCGCCGCGGCUCAUGGCAGCGUUCCUGCACGCGCGCGUCACGGCCGCCACGUACGCGUGGCCGCUGCUCUCCUCCGCCUUCUCGCAGGUGCUCUCCGCUGAGGACUGGCUGGUGGCCUGGGACCAUCUGCUGUGCGAGUCCCCCUCGUACCUCCUCUGCUUCACCGCCGCCUUCAGCCUCUGUCUCGCGCCCUCCAUCACCGCCGCUGCGUCGCACCCUCAUCAGAUUGAGACUUUGUACAACCAGGAGUCGUACGUGCCUCUGCGGUGCGUGCUGAAGAAGGCAACGGAAUUGCACAGAAGCAUGCAGCUGGACGAGGAACUCCUGCUCAAACUGGACCACAUUUCUGAGUACCCUCGAGACGGACUGCCCAUCUUCGACAGCAUACCUGACAUGCAGUUGACUAAUGCUGUGGGCGAAGGAGGCUUCCUGCAGAGCCUUGGCUGGUCUCUGGAUGAAGAAGAGUUUGAGCGGCAGCGAGCAGCGUUGCAGGAGCAAGAGGCGGACUGCAUAGCGCGCAUGAGACGUGUCCGGCAACGAGAUAAGCAGGCGCUCUGCAGUUACUGAUCACUUCACUGCUAACUCGAGCGAGCGUUUAUUUGUUUGAGUGAUGAUACGGGAUGCCGAAGUGACCGGGGUCAACUCAAACUGCCUUGAACCAAUGAAGAACAAUACCUAAACCAAAAAAAUAUGUAUAUAUCGUAAAAAAACACCUGAAGUAGAA